GGCUAAUGAUAGCUAGUGCUUGUAAACUUCAACUUACAGCUGGGUUUAUUGACAAAGUGCUACUGUCAUCUUGGCUCUUAACUCAAGCUGAGCGAAUAUUUUCACUGUAUUUUCAGUUGACUGGUAGUUUGCUGGUAGUUUGCUGGUAGUUUGCUGGUAGUACUGGCAGCACUUCCAGGUGGUUCACCCCCUUGAUUAAGACUUGGACCAAAGAAAAGAGUUAAAAACAACAGACACCCCUAAAGUGGACCAUACCAUUUUUUAACCGUUAAUAGAACAUCGAGCCUCGCGACCGUCAGUGGCGCGCUUCCGGAACUCUCUGCUCCCGCCCUUCGCUCAGACACUAAGUGAGUUGGAUUCUGACUCCUGUGUAACCGAGUUCUUUCAUUUGGCUGGUUUGCACCAGAGUAACCAUCUGAUCAGAUACAACCGUUUAUAAACAUGGGAAACCCCAAAGUUUUCUUUGACAUGGCCAUUGAUGACUGUCCCAUUGGCAGGAUUAUAAUGGAGCUUCGGGCCGAUGUGGUCCCAAAGACUGCAGAAAAUUUCCGUGCUUUGUGCACCGGAGAGAAAGGUUUUGGCUACAAGGGCUCCUCGUUUCACCGUGUCAUCCCUGGUUUCAUGUGCCAGGGUGGGGACUUUACCAAACACAAUGGGACUGGAGGCAAAUCCAUCUAUGGAGAGAAGUUUGCUGAUGAGAAUUUCCAGCUGAAACACGGCGGCAUGGGGACACUGUCCAUGGCUAAUGCUGGGCCCAACACCAACGGAUCCCAGUUCUUCAUCUGCACAGCAAAAACUUCCUGGCUUGACGGGAAGCACGUGGUGUUUGGCAGCGUUGUGGAGGGCGUUGAUGUUGUUAAGAAAAUAGAGACCAAAGGCAAAACGAGUGGCGAGACAACAGCAAAGGUUGUCAUUGCUGCCUGUGGUGAAAUAUAACAGAGCAGCUUAGUUCCUUCUGUCUGUUCUCCGAUCAGAUCCUUCACCAUCCUCAUCCCAGUUAAUCUUUAAAAUGAAGCAUAUCCGUCUUUAUUCAUUGUGUAAUAUUCUGAACCCUCCAGUCUGUCCUUUAAGGAUCACAUUUGUUAACAAUAUCUGAAUAACGUGUUAGUAAAGCAACUUGAAAGCUUG